GUCUUGAUGUGGAAGGCAUCUUCAGAAGAUCAGCUAACAGUGCACUUGUCAAGAGAGUGGCUGAGAUGUUUGAUCGUGGACAACCAGUUGAGUACGGCGAGUUUGGUGAUGUUCACUGUGCUGCUGCUAUCAUAAAGAAAUUCCUGAGAGAGUUACCAGAACCUCUACUCACAUUUGAACUCUGCGACAUCAUAUGUUCCAUUACAGCUAUAUCAGAUCAUGAUGAAAAACUGAUGAAGGCAUGGAGUGUCCUUCAUGAUCAACUACCUGAAGGAAAUUUCAAGCUGUUAAAGUACAUAAUGGUUUUCUUGAAGGAGGUAAAUCUUUCCAGAAACUCAUAGGAUGGUUGAAACGUGUAAUAGCCAAACGCA